UGCUUUUGUUGUUUGCAAAAUCUCUUCUUACCACCAGUAAAUACCGAAACUAAGAACUAUAUUUGAUUUUGCAUAAACUCAAGCAAACGAGGCUGAGUGGUGGAGACCCAUCAAAAGUGUGAUUCCAUUACAGAGUGGGGAAAAUAUUGCGUCAUCACCGUGACGGCCCGGCCCAAGUGCAAUUAUUAUUACAAUUUCCAAUCAGAUCCAUUUGGGAUCGGCGCUGAACUGGCGAAGGUGGAGAAGGGUGCGAGUUGCGAGUGGAGAUAAUAAUGGCCUCUAGCUCGGGAAGCGGACCAGCUCCCAGCAGUGUUGGCAGUGGCAGUGUCAGCUCCGGCGCUGGGACCCUCGAAGGCACCCUAAGCAAAUGGACAAAUGUGAUGAAAGGAUGGCAGUAUCGUUUCUUUGUACUGGACGAAAAUGCUGGCCUCCUUUCCUACUAUACGUCCAAAGAGAAAAUGAUGAAGGGUGUUCGACGUGGCUGUGUCCGACUCAAAGAUGCUUUAAUUGGUAUCGAUGAUCAGGAGGAUAAUACCUUUACCAUCACGGUGGAUCACAAGACCUUUCAUUUUCAGGCACGUCAUAGCGAGGAGCGGGAACAGUGGGUGCGACGUCUAGAGGACACAAUACGACGCCAUGCAAACCGUUCACGUUUAUGGGAUAGUCAGAGUGCCUUCUACAUUGCUGGCGGCUACACUAAGGAGUCGCAGAAUUUGGCCGCUGGUGGCAAAAGGGCCAACCAUUUGGAGUUGCUGGCACGUCGCGUUUCCGAAGCGGAUGCCUACCUUCAACUGAUGAUAGACCAGACCAAUGCAUUGGAUAAACGCAUCUCGGAGCUAAGCGACGACGACGAACAGGCCAAAUGCAAGGCUUUACAAAAUAAUUACAGUGCCAUGUUGGAUCAUAUCAAACACUCGAUUGUUAGUCUACAAAUUGCCAAAAAUAUGGCACAUCCCAUCAAUGGUAUUUACAAUGGUCCCACAAUGGCCACAGGAAGCUCAGCAACAACAACAGCACUAACAGGAGGAGGUGGGGGAGCUGGUGGCGACACAAAGGCUGACAAUAGCAGCAGUGGCAGCAGCAGCAACAACAACAACAAACUUUCAAAGGCAAUUGCAACUAAAGGAGACCUUCUAAUCGAUGACGAAGAUGAUUCAGCAACGGAAAAUGCCACCACAGCGCCAUUGGGCCUUGUUGUACCUGAGACCUCUUAUUCGAGCAGUGAAGGUGAAGAGGACUUUUAUGAUGCCUAUGAUGAUCCGUUUACCAGCUUGGGCAAUUCACCAAUUGGUUGCGCUACACGAGGAUUCGCUGAGACAACAUCGCCCACUCAUGAAAAAACAACAGAUGAGUUGGGAGCUGGCACAUCAGUAGAUCCAAUUGCUACCACACCAUUGCCAGAAAUUGAUGAAAGCGAAAUAGAUGCCAAUAAACAAGUUGACUCGAAGGCAGCUUCAACUAGCUCACGCACUUCCAGCUAUGAUAAUGGCAUCGACUACGAUGCCCUGUACGAGGAGGAAGAGGAAAUGGAUCUUAGCAUGGAGGCACAUGGUUCUAUGAUAACGCAUCUGCUGUCCCAAGUGAAAAUUGGCAUGGACUUAACCAAAGUGGUGCUGCCUACAUUUAUAUUGGAGCGUCGCUCACUACUCGAAAUGUAUGCCGAUUACUUUGCCCAUCCAGAUUUAUUUCUCAAGAUUGCAGAGCUCGAGGAUCCUCGUGAGCGUAUUGUUCAAGUUUGCCGUUGGUAUUUGAGCGCAUAUCAUGCUGGACGCAAAAGUGCUGUGGCCAAAAAACCCUACAAUCCCACAUUGGGUGAAGUUUUCCAAUGUCAUUGGGACUUACCUGAUGAAAACCCCGACUCCAAAGCUGUUAAUGAUGGGCCUGUGCCCUGGUGUAGGAGAGAUCAAUUGACAUUUUUAGCUGAGCAAGUGUCACAUCAUCCGCCAAUUUCCGCCUUCUAUGCCGAGCAUUAUAAUAAGAAAAUUACAUUUGCCGCCCAUGUAUGGACCAAAUCGAAAUUUUUGGGCCUCUCCAUUGGUGUACACAAUAUAGGCGAGGGAGUCGUCACUCUGGUGGAUCGCAGCGAGGAAUAUAUAUUAAAUUUUCCCAAUGGUUAUGCCAGAUCUAUACUCACGGUGCCUUGGAUUGAGCUGGGAGGUUCUGUGGAAAUCAAAUGUCCGCAAACUGGUUACUAUGCAAAUGUGGAAUUUCUAACUAAGCCUUUUUAUGGUGGCAAACGCAAUAAGAUAUCUUGCGAGAUUUAUUCGCCUAGUGAUAAGAAACCCUUUGUUUCAAUUUCGGGUGAAUGGAGUGGCCUAAUGGAAGCCAAAUGGCAUGAUAAGAAUAAAACCGAAGUAUUCGUUGAUGUAAAUCGCAUACCCAUAUUUAAGAAACAAGUUCGACCAAUCGUUGAGCAGGAUGAAUUUGAAUCGCGACGUGUAUGGAAGGAAGUGACAGCGGGACUCAAAUUCAAUGACAUUGAACGUGCCACUAAUGCCAAAUUUGUGGUGGAACAACAUCAAAGAGAUCAGGCCAAAGUUCGUAAGGAAUACGAUUUGGCUUGGGAACAUAAGCAUUUCAAGCCUGUUGGCGACAAUUGGAUCUAUGCCAAACCGUUGAGCCAACGUAUGUAUUUGCAAGAGAAGGAGGCCAAAAGAUAAUGCUGUAUUAGUAACAACAACAGCAACAACAACAUCAAACACCAAAAACCAAUGUCUAUACAUUAUGCAUACAUAUAUAUAAUUCAUAUCAAGAGCGAGAAUUCGAAAAUAGGCCUCAACAAAACUAUUUUUUGUAUAAUUUCCACAAGUGCGCAAAAGAAACCCUAAGCAGGAAUCGAUUCAUUAAGUAAAAGUUGUAAAUAGGAACAAAAAAAAAACCCAUGCAGAUACUGCAACACAGAUAAAACUUUAAAACAAAAAAUCAGCAAAACACUUUAAUUAGUCUUGA